CUUCCACUUUAAAAAGAGCGUCAGCUUUGAUUUUGGAUAUUACAAAUGUCGGCGAGUAUUCAAAAUUCGAGUCGGAGUGGGGGUUUUUAUUGGCGAACCCAUCAUCGCGUGUUGUAUAUCGAAUGCCUUGAAUAGAAUGGACUGUGAUAAAAAGGUGAGCAAACAAACCUCAGCCUUUACUUCAGCUGAGUAGAGCGAAGCAGGACGCAGUUAGAGAACUUCAUCCACGCUCCAUUCAAGCAUUGCAUUCAAGCACCACACGAUAUGGCUACGAUCAGAGUUUCGGUGUUUUUCCUGCUGAUUGCUUUAAGCACAGCCGAGAGAAUGUUCCCACAAAAAAGCUUUGCAAAGUGGAAAGCACUAAAAGGAUUAAAGAGAAAUGCAGUCCUCAAUGCGCCACCCGUAUGCAAAAAAGCUAUUGACCUUGGAAUCACAUUGGAGAAAAGGACCAAAGAUGAUUGGGGCCUGGAAAAGAAUUUUAUCGAGGCACUCAUCAAUAAGUUCCCUGUCAAUCACGAUAUGACCCACAUUGGUGUCAUUGGGUUCGAUCAGCGCACUGAGUUACUCUUUGAUUUCAACAAACUGUUGUUGAGUGACAAGUACAAGGAAGACAUAUUGAAACAGCUCGAGUCCUGGGGCCCUGGGAAUUUGAAUGACACCACACGUGACAAAGUCAUAGAUCGAGCAUUGGAAUUUGCUGGUGAAAAAUUGUUCACUGAAGCUGGUGGAGCUAGGGGAUACGAUCAGGUUCUAGUGCUUCUGACAGACGGCAAGCAAAUUAAUGAAAGUUUUCCACUUCAUGACACUCCCGCAGCACCAGUCGCCCGUAGACUUGAACUGAAGGGCGUAAAAAUCAUUGUGGUCGGUAUCGGCUUUCCAGAUCCUGUAGAGCUUAUGAAAAUAGCUGGUGCUGAUUCGGAUAAUAUGGAAAAAUUCCACAACAUCUUUUACCUGGUAAAUGAAAGCGUUCUUCAGACUGAGGUGGGAAAAGUGGCAAAGCGCAUUUGUGAGCUAUCUGCGCCCGACAUUCAUUCAGUUUGAGCCAUUUGGCUCAGGCCAAUCCUAAUUAAAGCCUUGUAGUAGUGACAAGUUCUCCGAUUUGAUUCAGUUGCUGAAGAAUCCAAACUUAUACUGCAGUUUGUUAGCGAUAAGUAGAACAGAAGACAUCUUUUAAUUUUAAAAAGUUUGCUUCGAUGUUCUCGCUAGUUAUAAUCAUUUAGUUCUGAUGAUAUUCUCCUUACGUAAAGGUCGUUUCAAUCACAUUUAUGUUGUUAGAGAAAAUUCUCUUGUGUUAACAGUUUAAGUUCAUAAUACUGGCAAAUAAAUUAUUUUUUGCCUGAAUAGACUUA